CUCAUUUUCUCUCCUUCUCUUCCGGUGCUCCACACGCAGCAGUGUUUACAGCUGAGUUCAUAGAGUGCUAGUGUUGUUUAAUAGUUCAAAAUCUAACAGGGUUUUGUUUUUUAAGUACGUGCUAACAUGCUUCUUUUCUGUCCAACCUGCGGGAACGUGUUAAUCGUCGAGGAAGGGCAGAAGUGCAUGAGAUUCGCGUGUAACACCUGUCCCUACGUACAUAACAUCACACGAAAGGUAAAUAACAGGAAGUAUCCGAAGUUAAAGGAGGUGGAUGAUGUUCUGGGUGGAGCUGCUGCGUGGGAAAACGUGGACUCAACACCUGAAACGUGCCCGAAGUGCGAGCAUCCUCGAGCAUACUUCAUGCAGAUUCAGACCAGAUCAGCAGACGAACCGAUGACCACGUUCUACAAAUGCUGCAACGCUCAGUGCGGACAUCGAUGGAGAGAUUGACACUUUUUCACCUAUAGCUGUGUUUUUCAGCUUCAUUCACAAGCACAGCUGAGAAACAUUUAUUUUUUUGCUUUACAUUUAAUAUUUAAAUAAAAUAUCCACUUUCACAAUUUCAAAAUUGAGUUUCCUUCAUGACUUUUAUUGAUAAAAUAGUAGCUGUAUACAACAGUCAAACAAAUCUUUGACUUACAUAGUUAUACAUUUCACAGACAUUUAGAGCAAUGCAGACCACCAAAAUCCACAACAAUGGUGUGCGUUACACCGUAUUAAUAUUUCAAUGCAAUCCUUCAUUUCAUAUUGAUUUUCUUGCAGAGCUCCGUUAGCCUCAAGGAAAACAAAAACAAAUGCACAUAGAGUCAGGAACUUGCCAGUGAGAAUGACUUGUUUCAAUGUGUGACUCGUGCAGACAAACUCUGCGCUUGGUGCAUGAGACAUCCAGCAUGCUGAUGGUGGAACA